UCUCUCUCUGUCAUAAUUUUCUAUUUGUAUUGUUUUAAUGGAAUUUUCAUUUCAUUUUAUUCAGUUCCAGUUGAAAUUCUCUUUUUCUUGAAUGGCAUUCAUUCGCCAAAGAGUGAAGUGUUUUAUGAUUUUCCAUCACUAAAAUCUCAGUAGUUAUGAAAUUUUAGCAAAAUGCUACAUACUAGUCCUAGCAUUGUUUUUUAAAUUUGACUUUAGUUGACAACUCCAAAGUUAAGAUGGACACCAGCCGCAACUGCCCGUCCAAUUUGUCUUCACUCAACUACGACACUGCUUGCCUACUGAUAACAAAUCAAUUGGAAGAAAAUGUUGACAUAUAUACGCUCUCAUCUGAUUGUUAUCAGUGUGACCCUCAGUUGUGGAGCUCAGUACCAUUGACCAGCACACUAAGUUUCGUCACACCUGCUGUGAAGCCCUUGACUCUUUAUGCAGUCGGAAAAGUCAGCAACGAAUCAAUCUGCAACCAAACAGUUCUACUAAAUCAGCAUGAGCUCUUGUCCUGGAAAAUCGGAACUAACUGCACUUUUACGGUUGAGGAUGAGGGAGAAAACGCUUACUUAGCACUUGAAGUGGCCAUAUACGGCCUCACAGCGUUGAUGUUGCUCUAUGUAUUGAUUCGGUCAGCUUGCAGAACACAAUGGAUACAAAACAUUUUUUCCAGGGAUGCAACUAUUAUUGACAUGCGAAAUGAUCUGGGGAAUCCCAGUUCGUCUGAUGACUCUCUUCUCAUCCAGUCUGAGCUGGUGCCUCUUAGACGACUCAGCUCCCCACGUAUUCAAGCUUUGGAUACUUUUAGAGGAUUUACCAUUGCCUUGAUGAUUUUCGUUAACUACGGAGGCGGCAAGUUUUGGUUUUUUGAACACUCUGCGUGGAACGGAUUGACUAUUGCUGAUGUCGUAUAUCCCUGGUUUGCAUGGGUGAUGGGUGUCAGCCUAGUGAUCAGUUAUCGCUCCAAGUUGCGCUCGUGUGUGUCGCGCACUCAUGUGUUCUACGUGUCUCUGCGCCGUGCGGCCGUCCUCAUCGCGCUGGGGCUGAUCCUCAACACACACAACGACAAUGACCUCCACACCAUGAGGUUCUGCGGGGUGCUGCAGCGGCUAGGGGUUGCUCAUCUGGUUGUAUCGACACUUGAGACGAUAUUCAUGAAGAAACAACCCAGCUUGCAGUACGGUCGCUGGCUGUCUUUCUCAGAGCUGGUCGACACUUGGCGACAGUGGAUUGUCAUCCUCACUCUUAUGGGUGUUCAUCUCUAUUUCACCAUGUUCCACCCGGUUCCCGGGUGUCCCACGGGUUACAUUGGUCCGGGUGGCCUGGGUGAUCAUGGAGCCUACCCGAACUGUACAGGAGGAGCAGCCAGAUACAUUGACAGCCAGGUGUUUGGAGAUGCUCAUCUUUAUCCGCGCGGUCCUGUCAAAAGGGUCUAUCAUACUAAUGUUCCGUUUGACCCUGAAGGUAUUCUUGGGACCCUGACAACAUGCCUGACGGUCUACUUGGGUGUUCAAGCUGGUUAUAUUAUCCUCAGUUAUAACUCCACCGUAUCUCGCUCUCUACGUUGGCUGUUUUGGGCUCUCAUCACCGGUCUGUUUGCUGGUUUCCUCUGCGGUUGGUCUGUAGAAGGAGGUUUGAUUCCCGUCAACAAACAGCUGUGGUCAGUCUCCUACGCUCUUCUCACGUCAUCCUUCGCCUUUCUUGUAUUCACCCUCGCCUUCCUCCUGAUCGACCACUGUCGCUGGUGUACGGGAGGAAUGUUUAAGUCUGCAGGGAUGAACGCUAUUCUUCUCUACACCGGGCAUAUUCUUCUGAAACACACGUUCCCUUGGAGUUGGAAGCCUAGUGACGUUACAAACCAUGGAGAACUACUCUCGAUGAAUGUUAAUGGAGUUUUCGCUUGGCUUCUUGUAGCUUGGGUACUGGAGAGAUACCAGAUAUUUGUCUCUAUUUGAGCAUUUUAACUAUCGACUAUAGAUGCUGAAGUGUUAUCCUGUUAGAAACAGUUGGUUUUUUAUUUGUUAGGACACAGCGACUUGAUAUUUUGACUAAUUUGAGACUGAAUGAGUUUGCUGUAAAGAUGGGUCAACAUUUGACAUUUUUAUUGUUGUUUUAUUUUUUUCAUUCUGGUAGAACUCAAUAAACACAUAGGGAAGUUAAUGCUACAUAUAACAGAUAUAACACUUCUUGCUCACUUAUUCAACAAAGGUAAAGCAAAACUGUUUAAAGUAGUUUUAUAGUUUUUUGAUCAAGUAAAACUUCUUAAAUCCAUCAUAAUUUGAAAACAAAAAUAGGAAACAAAAAUGUUCAUAGUAGCAUAAAGGAAGAGCUAUAAAAGUGGUUUACUUAUAAUUUAUAAGACAAAUACAAUAUUCGCAAUCAAAAAACAUUCUGAAUUUAAAUAUAAUGAUUAGUGUAUGAAAUGAAAACAUGAAUAUUCUUGACUAGUUUUGAAACUUACACACUCGAGCUGAGCUAAGCAGACUGAAGUGUUUGAAAAUAGCUACCAUUAUUGGAAAAAGUAAUUUAUGUGACUUUCUAAAUUAUUUUGCAAAUUGGGAAUAUGCUAAAUCACUAGGUACACUGCUUUUUUUAAGAACUAUUUUGAGUUCAAUGCCAGCACCAUUUUUUAUAUUUUUUGUGAAGAAACAGUCCAAACCCCAGUUUAUCAGACUCACCUGGACCAAAAGUUAAUGUGAUUUAUACUUGGAAUCUAUAGUCUAUGAAUUUAACCAAUGAGACUUAUUUUAGCAUAUAUUUUAAUAAACUAUUUUAUACUGUG